AGCAAUGCUGGCGUUGGCCCUUCCCGCUUUCCGUCGGGGUUCGCGUUUGUGGCAUCCUGCCCGGGAUACUGUUGCUGUGAGAGGACGGGGCGGCGACGGCGGGGCCAUGCCUCGGAAGGGGAAGACACUGACUAAAGAAGUUGUAAAAUCUUCUGUUCCUUCCAGUCCUGUGACAACUGAUAAAAGUGGUUCUGUUACCAUCUCUGUUCAUGCCAAACCUGGAUCUAAGCUAAACGCUGUAACAGAUGUGACAACAGAUGCAGUGGGUGUGGCCAUUGCUGCACCUCCAUCCGAAGGGGAGGCCAAUGCAGAGUUAUGUCGCUACCUCUCUAAGGUCCUUGAGGUUAAGAAGAGCGAAGUUGUACUGGAAAAGGGUGGUAAAUCUCGAGAAAAAGUAGUAAAGAUCUUGGCACCGUUGACUCCAGAGGAAGUUUUAGAGAAGCUGAAAAAAGAAGCUUCCAGCUGAAGGAAGAAAUAGCCAGUCUCAGCAAGUCUUUUCCCUAGAUGUGAAGAACAACAAAGGUUAUGCACAUGAGAGCACAUAAAAAUAGUGGCGGGGAACUUAGCCAUGUUUCCAUAGACAACUGCUAAGAUUAAGUUAAGACAGUGUAGCUACAGUAACAUAAUAAAAUAAUAAUAAUGACAACAACAGUAAUAAUAACAUCAAAAGAGACUGGGAUUGCAAAACUGACUACCUUUAUUGGUAAAUAUAAACAUUGUGGAAUAACUUGGAUCACUGUUGUCAGUCUCAAAACUCCAAACAGCACUUUUUAACACAUUUGCCUAACUAGGCUUGAAAUAGGCAGUCACAGUGUUUUUCAGAGCAUCAAAGGUGAUAUACAAGAGACAGCCUCGUCUGUGGUUGUGCAUAUUGCUCCCAAUGGUGAACAGAUUUUGCAGGACUUUGUCACGUUAUCCGUUACCCUGUAAAAUCGUGUUUGAGCAAAGACAACUGGGCAUCAAAAAGUCACAUGUAUGCAGCCAUGCCGCCACUUUCAGUUCUGUCAAAAACUAUUGUCAGUCUCAAUGCCUGGACAACAUUUGAAAGAUCUCUUUUGUGUUCGUGUUGAUGACAAACUUCUGCCCCUUGAUUGUGAUUGUACUGAUGUACUAAGAUUUGAGCUUGUUGGCAAUUAGUAUAUGCAUAAAUACUUGACGUCGUCAUAUAAGGGAGCAUUGCUAGUCUCUCAUCUGUUCCAGUUACAUUGAGGAAACUACUUUGUGGGUUUCUUCCUGCCGCCCACCCCUCAAGUUAGGGAAGGUCUCUUAAGAUAGUCUGAAUUCCGACUUGUCUGACUAUUCUUCCCAAGAGCUUCCCAGCUCUUCUUUGGAACUAAUGUUUUCUGACGGUGUGUUUAGAAGCUGGAUCUUCUGCAUCUCUGCUCAUAUUCUGUUUACUGCCUUGAUUAAAGCCAGGGUUCGUUAGGUGCUGAGACACCCAUUUUAAAAUAAAGUAGUCCUAAUGUAC